AUGUUGCGGAAGGCCACGUUUUGGGCGGAGGAGGGAGAGGCGCCGCUCUUGCAGAGGAACGAUGGCUUCCUGAAGCCGGGAGAUGAUGUCGAGGGGGUGCUCCGACUGGUGCAGAGAUGGCCGGAGUUGGCCGGGGCCAAGCCGCUUCCAGAGGACUUUGAAUGGCCGGCGGCCACCGCCAUUAGCGAAGAGAAUCAGCGCAUCGUGCUGCGAGAUGCUGAGCGAACGUUCCUGGGCGAGGCCCAGCGGGAGAAGCUGCAGCGGGUGCUCACCGCCAUCAUCCACCGAUUCGGCGACUACGCGCAGGGGCUCGGCUACGUGACCAGCUUCCUCAUGCUGACCCUCGACGAGGCCUCGGCCGUGACCAUCCUCGCCGAGCUCAACGAGAACGAGCGCUACGUGCCCGGCUACUGGAAGCACGAGGCCGUCGGCUUCGCCACCGAUGCGCUGGUCUUCGAGGAGAUUCUCGCGCGGGAGCAGAACGAAGUAGUCCAGCAUCUCAAGCAGCGAUUCAUCCUGCCCGAUACCUACUGCCAGAAGUGGUUCGUAGGCCUGGGCGUGCAUGUACUCCCCUUUGAGCUCCUCUUCACCUUCUUCGAGGGCUUCCUCGCCGGGGGCAGCCGCUACCUCUUCCAGUUCGGCCUCUCCGUCGUCGACCACCUGCGCGACGAGGUUCUGCGCACCAAGGACGCCGCCAACCUCUACGCGCUCCUGCGCCUCGACCCCAAGCACCGCGCCAUCACGCCCGAGCUCCUCCGCUCGAUCGUCGCCCGCGCGCCCGAGUUCGCCGCUGCCGUCGCCGCCGCCGACCUGUCCGUCCUGCGCCGCGAGGUCUACGACACCAAGCUCCGACCGCGCCUCGAAGCCGCGCGCCGCUCUUUUGCCGAGGCCGCCAAGCAGAAGGCCGAGGCCAGCGACGACUCGGAUGACGAUGGUGACUCGGAUGAUGAUGAUGAAGAGGGUGAGGGCGAGGAGUGCCAGGUGUGCAAGGAGAUGUCGCCCGAGCUCUUCUGCAAGGAGUGCAAGCUGCUGCUGUGCGGUGCGUGCCACGAGGGCGGCAAGGGCGGGCACGCGGCGUCGCACGAGGUCGAGGAGGACUGGGAAGAGGAGGCCACCAAGCUCGCCGAGCUCAUGUCCAAGGCCAAGAUCUCUGCCUAA